CCUAGGACAUCUUGUCACAUAGACACUAGCGCCACGGACAAUUGCAACAAAGCGGUACUUUAAGACGAUAGCCGUGAAUGAGAGAAAAAUAAUCACUCGUGAGAUGUCAUCGAGUAGUGACGUACGUCGCUUUUAAAACCACAAUACAAUUUAAAGUCGUAAACAUUGGUGAAUAAAAAAUAACCUAAAUUAUUUGUGUUGUUAUAAUACAGUGGUAUAAAGAGCACAUUACAUAAUUCUAUUGAUUGUUUUGUGCGAAAUUGUGUGCGUGCUGUGGAAUUGUUUUAAAUAAUGACUGUUUGCUGAAAAAUCGAUUGAGAAAAAUGUCUUUAAAGAAAGAAUCUCGUACCGAUGUGCAGUUCCAUCUAGCGGCGUUACGCGGAGACUGCGAGAAGCUGCGGCAACUGCUUGACACGGGGAAGGUUCACAUCGAUUCGAGAGAUCGGGAUGGCACCACACCGCUGAUCCUGUCUGCCGCGAUGGGCCAUACGGAGUGUGUGAGAGAACUGCUCGCGCAAGGGGCAGACCCGGCCUGCAGUCGAACGACAGGAACUAGUGCGUUGUUCUUCGCGGCCCAGGGCGGCUUCCUCGACAUCGCGAGGCUACUGCUCGACGCGGGCGCCGGCAUCGACGCCCCGAGCACGGAUGGCGGGACCCCGUUGUUUGUGGCGUGCCAAUGCGGGCAUCUACCUGUCGUCGAAGAGCUGAUCGCGAGGGGAGCUAAUGUCAAUUCUGCCAUGAAGGACAAAGCCACCUCCCUCUUCAUAGCAGCGCAAAACGGUCACGAAGAGGUCUGCCGAACUCUCCUCACAGCCGGUGCUAGAGUGGAUUCUGCUCGCGCCGACCGCGCCACUCCAUUGUGGAUCGCGGCGCAGUGCGGACACGAUCAUGUAGCUAGGACAUUGCUAGCUGCCGGUGCGAGGGUCGACCAGAUACGACAGGAUGGAGCCACGCCGUUGUUCAAGGCGGCGCACAAAGGCCACGCUGCCGUCGUGGUCGAGCUGCUCAAGUACAGGCCCAAUCUCGGCCUGUUGCCGAACGGUCAAUCCGCCCUGCACGGCGCCGCCAUGUUCGGGCAGCUCUCCUGCGUGAAGCUGCUCGCGCGCCGCAGCGACCUGCGCCUGCGCAACGCGGCCGGACUCACUCCACUACACGCGGCCUUAGCUGCCAGGAAAAACGAUGUCGCUGCGUAUUUGAAGAGGCUGGAAGGCUCGUAGCUGUGAAAUGAACAUGAACAAGUCUUACCAGGAGGGCUAAGAUGGUCGCCUCUUUAUCCUCUGUCACCAUGCCUGUCACGCUCUAACAACUAAGUGCGAAAGUGACGCAUGACGCGACAAGGGAUAAAAUGCGACCAUGCUAUCCGUGCAGGAAGUUAAUCUGGAGGAAUCACAGUAACCGCUAGUGAAUGCUAAGUCAAUUUUAUUCUACAUUUCCUUGUGCCACAAAGGGAAAAAACUACAUCUUGCAAUUUUUCUGCUCGUUUCAUGACUAAUUUUAUCCGCAAAUAUAUUAUACCCAUGUAGUGGCACAAGGGAUCGCGAACUAGAACACUUGCAAGUGCUCAUUUUCUUAUUAGGUUCACAAUAAUUUAGGUUCUAAAUCGUCAUCAUUUUCAGAUGUCAAAAAAACAGAUUUUGGUCAAAAUAAUUUACUCCACUCCAGGAUUUUUUAACUUCGUGAAUACAAAAGACGAUUUUUGUUUUUCUUCAUGUGUAUAUAAAUCGUCGUUUCCACUAUAUGUAAAAUGUUGGCAAGGUUCCUGAUAAGACUUUACAAUACUACUGAUUGAAUAAAACGAAAGGAUCUGUUAUAAAAUCUCAUAUAUUCAUAACGCAUCGCAAAAUAUAACUAUUUUGUAUUCGUAUACACCACUAACCGUAGAUAUAGUCAUAUCCUAGCUUAAUGCUCGCCUUACGCAUACAUACCUCACUUACACUAACAUAGAUCUGGUCAUAGUUCACUAUAUUAAAAUUAAUCACUAAUCGACAAAUAUAUAUGACAAUUCCAUUCUAAAAUAAUGGUGGUCCCGCUCUGUCUGUUAUGUAACAUUGUGUGACAGGAACAACAUAAUAAAACACUAUUAAUACUGUCAUGUUGUCCCUGUCACACGGUGUUAUAUAACUUUAUAUAACAACCCGUGUAGGAAGACCAAAAGGUACGGUGCAGAUAGAUAGGGACCGCCAGUGUCCAAAAAUAUCGGAACAUCCUUAUAUGCUACGAUAUAUUUGUCCACUUUGGCCGUCACAAUCUAUUUUCUGGCUUAUAAAAAUGCAAAAUAUCGUCCUUGUAAGCUUCACAUAAAAUCUAUCAUAUUUUGGAAUGCCUAGAAGGAAUAUUUGU